AUGUUCAAAAAAUAUGGUUUUAGUUUUUACUGUGUAUAUAUUGUUGGUUUUCCAAGUUCCUUCGAUUUCAGCAAGAUAGCCUGUUCCAACUGGUGUCACACAACUCCAAAAAUUAAACUUCCUUCGCAGGUAUCUCCUCAUCCUGUAAACUCUCUCGAAUCUGUUGCAACCAAGUCUGUUCCAUUCAUAUUGAUUACUUAUAUAUUUGAAUACAUCUUACUUUUACUUUACUACGAUUGUACUCAACUCAAACCAACUCAACCACACAUUACCACUAUGAUGCAAUAUAUUCAUCCUCGAAGAGGAUAUUUGGAAGAAGUAGAACAGCAAGACGAAUUAGAAGAGGAACACCAAUUAGAUACUACUCUUUGA